CAGCAAUCACACACACCAGAGAACCAAACCUGUGGAGUGUGCGCUUCUCUUGGAGGAAAUGGCUGGAACAGUAAUCACCAGAUCAUGCAUCGUUUUCUGCUUGCUUAUACAUACGGCGCUGUGUCAGGACUGCUCUCAGCCCUGUGACUGCCCGGCUGAGAGCCCUUUAUGUCCUGUAGGCACCAGUCUAGUGCUGGACAGCUGCAGCUGCUGUAAGGUGUGCGCCCGACAGGCAGGAGAGCCCUGCUCUUUCCUGGAGCCAUGUGACCAUCAUAAGGACCUGUAUUGUGACUAUGGAGUGCUGAGUGACACUGAGACAGGCAUCUGCAUGGCUCAAGAGGGUCAGACGUGCGACCUUGGUGGUGUGAUUUACCACAGUGGUGAGACAUUUCAGCCCAGCUGCAAACAUCAAUGUGUCUGCAUAAAUGGGGAGAUCGGCUGUGUACCAACAUGUGCAAGCAACAUACGGCUGCCCUCUCCAGACUGUCCCUACCCAAGACACGUCCAGAUCCCCGGCAAGUGCUGUGAGGAGUGGGUGUGCGACCAGAUCCCACAGGAAGACACCUUCCAGUCAGUAAUGGCUGCAUAUAAAGAACUGUCUGGUCCGGAUGUCCAGCCUGAGAGCGCGAGGGACAACUGCAUCGUUCAGACCACUGACUGGAGCGAAUGCUCUGCAACCUGUGGCAUGGGGAUGUCCUCUCGUGUAACCAAUGACAAUGGGCAAUGCCAGCUGGAACUGGAGACCCGCAUGUGCAUGAACCGCCCCUGCAAUGCAGAGCUGGAAAAGGACAUCAAGAGAGGGAAGAAGUGCGUGCGGACCCCUAAGAGCCAGCGCGGGAUGCGUUUCGAACUGUCCGGAUGCCACAGCGUCAGGCUUUAUAAGCCGAGGUUCUGCGGGGUGUGUACGGACAGCCGCUGCUGCACACCUCACGCCACCGUCAUGGCCGAGGUGGAGUUCCGCUGUCCUGAAGGAGACUCCUUCAGGAAGAAGAUGAUGUUCAUUAAGACCUGCUCCUGUCAUCACGAAUGCCCCCGUGAGAAUGACAUCUUCCUCGCCUCAAACUCACGGAGAAUGAUCGGGGACUAUGAUAAUGACAUGUGAGGAGCUGUCCCGUGUAACACACACACACACUCAAACACACUGACGAUCAAAAGGCAGCUCUGUGUUUUACUGGACCUUGAAAUUCUCACGUCACGUGAUCCAAAAAAAAAGAGAUUGUUUGACAUGAAGUGGGCAUUGAUAAUGGCCCCACAAACGUUUCUUCUCGUUUUGUGUUUUCUGAAGCUCUGAAACCAUCAGGCUGUUUGACUGGUCCUGCUAUAGCAGACCUGAAGCAAUGACAACUUUGUGUUAAUAGAAUCCUUUACUCAGAAAUUACAGUUCUGUUAUCAUUUACUCGACUGCAUGUUGUUUCAAACCUAUUAACGCUUAU